GGCCGCGCCCGGAGGUGCGGGUCCGCCAUGCCCCUGUCGGCAGCGCCGCCCGCCAGCGCCGAGCCCGGCGCGCUGAGCGCCAGCCUGGACAAUGCGCGGCACCUCUCGGGCCUCCUCAGGGCCGUGCACUUCCAGGACCACGCCACCUGCUUCGCCACGGCCAACGGCCUCCGCUUCACAGUGGAGGACGCCAAGUGCAUCCAGGCCAACGCCUUCAUCCAGGCAGAAAUUUUUCAGGAAUAUGCUAUUCAAGAGGAGUCGGUGACAUUCCGGAUCAAUCUGUCUUUUCUUCUGGACUGUUUGACCAUUUUUGGUACCAGUGCUUUGCCAGGGACAUCAACAGCCCUUAGGAUGUGUUACCGUGGUUAUGGUUACCCCUUGAUGCUGUUCUUGGAAGAAGGAGGGGUAGUAACAGUGUGCAAAAUUAACACUCAAGAACCUGAAGAGUUGCUAGACUUUGAUUUCUGCAGUACAAAGGUUGUUAAUAAAGUUAUCCUGCAGUCAGAGGGUCUGCGAGAGGCAUUUGCUGAACUGGAUAUGACCAGUGAAGUUCUGCAGAUUACCAUGUCUCCAGAUAAACCUUACUUCAGGUUAUCCACUUUUGGAAAUGCAGGAAGUGCACAUCUGGACUACCCCAAGGACUCAGAUUUGAUGGAGGCAUUCCAUUGUACCCAGACCCAGACCAACAGGUACAAGAUUUCUUUGCUUAAACCAUCUACAAAGGCACUGGCUUUAUCUUGUAAAGUGUCCAUUCGAACAAAUGCUCAAGGAUUUCUUUCACUGCAGUAUAUGAUUAGGAAUGAAGACGGGCAGAUCUGCUUUGUGGAAUACUAUUGUUGUCCUGAUGAGGAUGUUACUGAAGCAGAACUGUAGAUGUGUGUUUUGGUUAUCUGUGUUAUAUUUAUGGAUAUGUAAAAUAAUUAUAUUUUUUAAUAAAACUGAAUGAAAUGCC